AUGCCGCCUGAUAGUACUACCAUGGCCACUAACGGCCAUGACUUCUCAAAAUACUUCCAAAGUAACGAUUUCCCUUCCUUCCACGACACUACCAUCAUUCGCGAACGGAUCCUAGAAAAGUCAUCUCGCGUUACACGCAUGGAAAAUGAAAUUUCCCUUUUGAAAGAAAAGUUACAGACCGCCAAGGCCGAUCUGGAACUACACCAGAGCUUGUUAUCUGGUGUACGCCGACUACCUACUGAAAUCCUUGGAGAGAUCUUCAUGUUGUGUGCGAGAGAGGAUUGCAGUAUCUCGACUCUACCAGAUCCUAUGAAAGCACCGAUGCUUUUUUGCCAGAUCUCAAAGGCCUGGCGUGCAGCUGCGACAUCCAAUCCGUUGAUUUGGUCUACUUUUGGGAUUGACGUUUCUCGGCAACCCCGGAUUCUGGAACUCACAAAGCUUUGGUUUCAGCGGUCGCAAAAGUUACCCCUUAUUCUGGGGUUACGCGUUAAUCUAGAUGAGAAGCAGGAGCUCCAGAAGAUACGAGCGAUGAAUAUCCAACUGAUUAAAGAGUCUAUCCUACCCAAUUUUACGCGAUGUCGGUCCUUCACCUUGCGUUGUGCAGGCGAGUUUGAUGAUUCUCUUCUUGAAGAAAUUCCCGUCUUGUCUUCAACGAAUCUCGAACAUCUGGAUCUUCCUCUUGACCUCCCCAGCUGCCCUUUUAUGUUCCAGUGGUGCUUCCAUCUCGCCAUUUCGUCUCCACAAUUACGACGGUUGACUUGUGGAAUACCCUCAGUCUUAUUUGUUCCAAGUGUUUGGUCAAACAUUGAGAGAGUCGACCUUCGGUUCAUGGGCUUAACAGCUUCGGAUGUGGAAUCCUUCUUGAGAGUUGCCCCCCGUUUGAGGCAACUCAGCUUCGGGCUAGUAUCACGGGCAUCUCAACCCCAAUCAUUGGCGUUACGGGGCUCCAUUCUCGAACACGACACUCUAAGAUCCCUUCAAAUCUACGACCGAUUCGGAGAUUUGGGAUCCUUAAUUGACUUUCUCAAGUUUCCCAAACUCGUCGCUUUAUCCAUAUCUGGAAGAAGGUAUCCCUGGCCUCACGGACAGAUGUUGGCGUUUCUAGAACGAUCCAACUGUGCUCUACGACUUUUGAAUGUCGAGAGCACGACGAUGACGUCGGAUGACCUUAUUUCUUACCUUUCCAUGGAUCGCAUUCGACGGUCCUUAGAGGAUUUGCGGGUUAACAAGACGGUACCGACUUCCAAGACGUUACUGGAGUUCUUGACGCUUAAAUCGUCGUCUGAAAACCCAGUUCCGAUUCCGAGAUUGCGAAGUUUCAUGUGUUCUAUCGAUGCCGUCAAUCAGGCUUCACAUUUCGAGCUGUUUUUGAAGAGUCGUUGGCAUCCGGAUAAGGAUGGGACUAACGACGAGGGUACAGGUGGUGAUUCAGUUUCCAUCUCGAACCUGAAGAGAAUCUAUCUCACGAUUGUUUCUCCCGUUUUUGACGGGGCGACCAUCGAAACGCCGGCAUUGAUGGAACUAUUAGAAAAGGUUGGAAAGGAGCCGGGCGGUGAAGUGAGCGUCACGAUGUAUAGGCUUUCGCAGACGUUUGAUGAGGAUCAUUCAUCGUUGCCUCCUGAACCUCCGAGUCCGCCUACUAGUGAUUAUGAUGGUUGA